UUAUGUUCAUGAAGAAUAUCGGAAAUCGUCUACAGAGAAUUUGUCACGUUUUUACAUGUGUGUGUGGUCACCUUAUAUCAGUCUCGUGUAAUUUUGGUUAUUGAUGACAUAUGCCAAUAAGUAUAUUCAACAAAUUAAUAAUCCGUGUUUAAAUUCAGUAACAAUCAGUAUUUAAUAAUUACUUAUUAAUAAAAUAAUGGAACCUGUAACAGACGGAGUAGAAGACCUAGAAAUAAAUGGUAAAUCUGUUGAAGAUAUUGUAACACCGUGGACAGUAAAUAGUAAAAAUGAUGCCGGUGUUGAUUAUGAUAAAUUAAUUUUGCGCUUUGGAAGUUCAAAAAUUGAUCAAGAACUACUAGACAGAUUCGAAAAGAUAACUGGGAAAUCAUGUCAUCGUUUUCUCCGAAGAGGAAUAUUUUUUUCUCAUCGAGAUAUGCACACAGUUUUAAAUCUUUACGAGCAAGGAAAACCCUUUUACCUCUACACCGGAAGAGGUCCAAGUUCUGAUGCAAUGCAUCUCGGUCAUUUAAUACCUUUUGUUUUUUGCAAAUGGCUGCAAGAUGUAUUCGAUGUGCCUCUGGUUAUUCAACUAACUGAUGAUGAAAAAGCCAUAUGGAAAAAUCUGAAAUUAGAAGAAGCAAUUCGAUUAGCUUAUGAAAAUAGUAAAGAUAUAAUAGCUUGUGGAUUUGAUGUCAAAAAGACAUUUAUUUUUUCUAAUUUGGAGCAUAUAGGAAAUAAUGUUGCUUUUUAUCAAAAUAUGAUAAGGAUUCAAAAGUCUGUGACUUUUAAUCAAAUCAAAGGUAUUUUUGGUUUUGGGGACAGUGAUCCUGUUGGUAAAAUAGCCUUUCCACCAACUCAAGCUGCUCCAGCAAUUUCAAGCACAUUCCCAUUUAUCUUCAAAGAUGCUAUAGUUCCAUGCUUAAUUCCCUGUGCUAUUGAUCAAGAUCCUUAUUUUAGGAUGACUAGAGAUAUUGCACCAAAACUCGGUGUUCCUAAGCCCGCACUACUUCAUUCAAUAUUUUUUCCUGCUUUACAAGGAUCUCAAACUAAAAUGUCCGCCAGUGACUUUAAUUCGGCAAUUUUUCUUACUGACACUGCCAAGCAAAUUAAAAAUAAAAUUAACAAACAUGCAUUUUCGGGUGGACAAGCAACCGUUGAAGAACACAGACGUCUUGGAGGUAAUUGUGAUAUUGAUAUUUCUUAUCAGUGGCUCAGAUUUUUUCUUGAUGAUGAUGAUAAAUUAGCUGAGAUUGAAAAGAAUUACACAAGUGGAGCUCUUUUGACAGGAGAAUUAAAGAAAGAAUUAAUUGAAGUUAUACAAAAGAUUGUGGCAGAACAUCAGGAAAGAAAAAAAGCUAUAACAGAUGAAAUUGUAAAAGAAUAUAUGAAACCAAGAGACCUUGGCUUUAAAUUAACAAAUAAUUCGAUUAAAUAGAAAUAAAAGAAAAAUUUUUCAAUAAGGUAUUGGAAGAAAUACAGUAAAGUUAAGCGAAGCCUAAUUCUCGCAUGAACUGAGUUAUAUUUUUGUCUAUUUAAAGUUAUAGUAGUAUCGAAUGCUAUUUAUUGUGAUGAUUCAACCGUAACUAAAUUAAUUAAAUAUUUUUUGCUCCAAAUUUAUUUUCUAAAUUGAAAUCAACACGAACAAGAAAAUAAUACUUAAU